GGAAAUUGUUCCAAGUAACUUUUUACAUGGAAACAGGCUGUUGGAUAAUUUGAAGAUUUAGUUUUCUUAUUCAGUCAAAUGCUGUUUUAGUUUUUUCCAGGUGGUUUAUUAUUUUCAGAAAUGAAAUGUGCAAUUCAAUUGAAACGAAAAGCUGAAUUGAGAUUAUUGGCAAAAUCUGUCGGCUGCAGGUCAUCGGUCGUGAUUUCAAUCCGAUGUUUGUCUGACAGCAGUGCUGAUGUUUCGUCGCCUCCUGUGAGGUCUAUUGGGAAAGUGCUGAUCGCGAACAGAGGCGAGAUCGCGUGUCGUGUCAUUCGGACUGCACGAAAGCUAGGCAUCAAAUCAGUCGCUGUCUUCUCAGAUGCCGAUGCCAACUCACUCCAUGUCCACAUGGCAGACGAGGCAGUGCACAUUGGACCGGCCACUUCUAGUCUGAGUUAUUUGAACUACGAGAAGAUUCUAGAAGUAUCUAGACUGUUGGGAGUGGAUGCGAUCCAUCCUGGCUAUGGCUUCCUGUCUGAGAGUGUGGAGUUUGCAGAUGCGUGCAGUAAGCAGGGAGUCGUCUUCAUUGGACCGCCCACCAGUGCAAUUAGAGACAUGGGAAUCAAGAGUAUUUCCAAAGCAAUCAUGAGUGAGGCUGGAGUUCCCAUCAUCCCUGGAUACCACGGGGAAGACCAGUCAGUGGAGAGAUUGAGACAGGAGGCUGCCAAGAUAGGAUACCCUGUGAUGCUCAAGGCGGUGAGAGGGGGAGGGGGCAAGGGGAUGCGUAUUGUGCAGUGUGAGAGUGAGUUUGUGGCCAUGCUGGAGAGUGCGAAGAGUGAAGCGAGGAAGGCAUUUGCAAAUGACGAGAUGCUCAUCGAGAAGUUUGUGGUGAAGCCCAGACACGUGGAGGUGCAGGUGUUGUGUGACUUGUGGGGCAAUGGAGUGCACCUGUUCGAGAGGGACUGCAGUGUGCAGAGGAGACACCAGAAGAUCAUCGAGGAGGCCCCUGCUCCAGGUGUUCCUCGGGACGUGGCUAUGCAGCUGGGAGAGGUUGCAGUGAAGGCUGCUAAAGCUGUCAACUACGUCGGAGCAGGUACAGUUGAGUUUGUGAUGGACAGUGAGUUGAACUUCUUCUUCAUGGAGAUGAACACUAGACUGCAAGUGGAACACCCAAUCACUGAGAUGAUCACAGGACAGGACUUAGUUGAGUGGCAGUUCAAGGUCGCGGAAGGAUCAAAGCUUCCACUCACUCGAGAUCAGUUGAAGGUAAACGGACACUCAUUCGAAGCCAGAAUAUACGCCGAGGAUCCAGACAAUAACUUCAUGCCGGGAGCAGGGGUGCUCAAGAGGCUAGUGGCGCCCACACCAGUAGAGAACGAGGUCAGAAUCGAAACUGGGGUCACUGAAGGAGACGAAGUGACAGUGCAUUAUGAUCCGUUGAUCGCCAAACUGGUCGUAUGGUCUCAGGACAGAAAUCUUGCUCUGAGAAAACUGGCAUCAUGUCUUGACACUUACCAAAUUCUGGGGUUGAAAACGAACAUCGGCUUUCUGAAGUCGCUCGCUACUCACGAGUCGUUUGUACGUGGAGAAGUGAACACCGAUUUCAUCCCCGACAACUAUGACUCACUCUUCCCUUCUCGGGAAAUGUCGAAGGAGAGAGUGCUUCACAAUAUCUGUAAAGCGUGUCUAGCACUCAUUCUCAACCGAAGAAUACAUGCUCCCAAAUCAGGAUCAGCUUGGGAUCUUCUCAAAAACUUUCGAGUGAAUUCAGAGGCAGUGGAGACUUUUAAAUUGAAACUCUCUUCCGGCGAAGAUGUUUUGAGUCCUAAAGUCACUUUCAAGCGUAAUGGCGACUUUGCAGUCGAGAUGAACAAUGAAACAAUUAUAUGCCAGCUUUUGACCUCUGCUACUGAUUUGCAGUCGCUUGAUACUUUGAAAUCAAUCAGAUGUCGAAUCGGGGACCAACUAGUUUCCUUUGGAGCGGACUUGACCGGUGAUGUGGUGUCAAUAUUGCCGCAUGGAUCCUCCGAAAUAGUGGAGUUCAAAGUAGAACCAGUACAGAAGAUAAGUUCAGGAGACGAGGCAUCGACUGCUUCAACUGAGAAGGCGGCAGUCGCUCCCAUGACUGGAAUCAUCGACAAGAUCCUGGUCAAAGUGGGAGACGUUAUUAAGAAGAACGAUCCUCUGGUUAUAAUGACAGCCAUGAAAAUGGAGUACACAAUUAAGGCGCCCAGGAGUGGAAUUGUGGAAUGUGUGUUGUUUGGGAGUGGAGAAACUGUCGACAGACACGCAGUCAUAGUCGAGAUAGCAGAGACAGAUAACCAGAUAGAUAAAGACUCUAAUACUACUACUACUACUACUACUACUACUACUACUGUAACAUAGCACCACGUGUACGAGUACCUUAGCCAAUCAACUCAGCAGAGACAACAGUUGCAGUUUAUUUAUUAACUAAAACAUCUCAAAACGUUGGACAUAGAUUACAUUCUCUUACAGUUCAGGGUUUACUUUUUCCAAAUCGAUGAGAUGCAAUGUAUGUUUAGUUUGAUUUGUAGCAGGACAAGUGAUUUUAUGUCUCCAUAUUUCACUAUAUCUGCUUUUAAUUUAUGCAUAAUUUAUUCGUAGUUCAUAGUUUUUUAGUUGA